UCCAUCCACCAAUAUUAACCCUACAAACCUCAAACUCAAUCUCCACGCAAUGAUGUCCAUUUCCUCUUCAUCAUUCACGGCCUCCUCCUCUCUCUUCUCCGGCCAAACACUCCUCACCACCGCUCCAAUCUCUCCGUCGUCCGUCAAGUUCCGUCCGUUGAGCAUCUCCGCCUCAUGCGCUUCAACAGUCGACAGGCCCCGCAUCCACAUUGCAUCAAAUCCCUCCCUCUACGAAGUCCUCGGAGUCCACACGGGCGCCACGUCUCAGGAAAUCAAGACUGCUUACCGCAGAUUGGCCAGAGUCGUCCACCCUGACGUCACUGCAGCUAACGGUCAAACCUCCUCCGACGAGUUCAUGAAGGUCUACGAGGCCUACGCCACUCUCUCCGACGCGCAAAAGCGCGCCGACUACGACCGCAGGAUGCUUUUCCGGCGGCCGGUGACUAUGAGCUCUUCGUUCUCAAUGUCUUCUUCGUCGGGAAGGAGAUGGGAAACCGACCAGUGCUGGUAGCUAAUUGAAACCCUAGAAGUUAACUAGAAGUGUUGGCUAAUAACAAAGCUAGUUAAUCAAUCGUGGCUGGAUUAUUAGGAACGCCAGCUUGUUUUGGCGCGUACGUGUACAUAGUACAAUGUAGUCAAAAGCUCCAGAUCUCAAAUCUGAGUUACAGGCGCCAUUUUUACAGCCUGAAAUUUUAUAUGGGAAAUUACACCUCCCCUAAUUUUGUGGUGUAAGAUCUGUGAUUAUCAAUUAAGAUAAUCUUAAUUCUUUCUAUA